AUGGCGGUAGCAGCAGCAGCAGCAGCAACAGCAGCAGCAGCAGCCUCGGCAGCGCCGGCUGGGGGAGGCGGCGGCCGGGGGCAGCGGAGCGGGCUGCUGGAAGUUUUGGUGCGGGAUCGCUGGUACAAAGUUCUGGUGAACUUGAACGAGGACGCCCUGAUCCUGAGCAGUGAGGAGGGCGCUGGGGCUUACAACGGCAUCGGGGGCGGCGGCGGUGGAGCCACCAAUGGCUCUUUCUUCCGUAGCACUGGCGGAGGGGCCAGUGGCCUCGGACCUGGGGGUGCCGGGGGCAGCAGCUUGGCUGGAAGCGGGAACCAGUCCCUGGAUACCCCGGCUCCUUCGAGCGGAGGAAGCCCCCAAGUGGGAGUCCGCACCGCGUUCACUGACCUGCCGGACCAAGUGCCUGAGUCCAUUGCCAACCAGAAGCGGGGCGUGAAGGUAUUGAAGCAGGAGCUUGGGGGGCUGGGUAUCAGCAUCAAGGGGGGCAAAGAGAACAAGAUGCCCAUCCUCAUCAGCAAGAUCUUCAAGGGACUUGCGGCUGACCAGACUCAGGCCCUGUACGUGGGGGACGCGAUCUUGUCUGUGAAUGGAGCCGACUUGAGGGACGCCACCCACGACGAGGCGGUUCAGGCGCUCAAGCGAGCGGGCAAAGAGGUGUUGCUGGAAGUGAAAUACAUGCGAGAAGCAACUCCCUACGUGAAGAAGGGUUCUCCAGUGUCUGAGAUCGGGUGGGAGACUCCCCCACCUGAAUCCCCACGAUUAGGAAGCACCAACUCGGAUCCGCUGUCACCACUCUCCCUCUCGUUUCACAGAGACAAAAAAUGCAUCCCUCUCAAAAUGUGCUACGUGACUCGGAACAUGGCUCUGAAUGAUCCUGAGGACAGACAUCUUGAAAUCCAUUCACCUGAUGCUAAGCACACUGUCAUCCUUCGGAGCAAAGACUCGGCCACAGCCCAGGCGUGGUUCAAUGCCAUCCAUGGCAAUGUUAGCGACCUGCUUGUGAGGGUCAUCGCAGAGAUCAAAGAGCAGCUGGGGAAAAGUGGCAUCCCUGGGAGCCGAGAGAUCAGACAUCUAGGCUGGCUUGCGGAAAAGAUACCUAACGAAGGACACGAGCAUUGGAAACCAGGGCAAAUAGGGUUAGAAGAAAAACAACUGCUUAUUUGGAGUCUGGAACCUCGGUUUGAAUCCUGGUACUGCCCUGUACACUAUCCAUUGCACCAUUUAGCCACCCUGUUGGUCCAUUCAGGUCCUGGAAAAGGAUCACCGCAGGCUGGAAUGGACCUGUCCUUUGCAACUCGGACUGGUACCAGGCAAGGAAUUGAAACCCAUCUCUUCAGAGCAGAGACCAGCAGGGACCUCUCCCAGUGGACGAGAAGCAUCGUCCAGGGCUGCCACAACUCAGCGGAACUCAUAACCGAAAUCACCACCUCAUGCACAUACAAAAACCAAGAGUGCCGUCUGACCAUCCAUUAUGAGCAUGGAUUCUCCAUCAGCACAGAGCCGCAGGAGGGUGCCUUCCCCAAGACAAUCAUUCAGGCUCCCUAUGAAAAGCUCAAGAUGUCUUCAGACGAUGGGAUAAGGAUGCUUUAUUUAGACUUUGGAGGAAAGGACGGAGAGAUUGUAAGUGUGCUCAGCACCAAUAAGGUCACUGAUUCACUUGGUUACCAUUUCUAG